CUCUAUUACAUCUAAAUGGAUUCUGACGAUUACAGAUCAUCAUAUAAGACUCUUUAAAUGAAUUUUAUAAAGAAUUCAUAAAUUUAAUUUCAUAAAGUAGAAGACAGAUUCAAAAAUGAAAAGUCUGAACCAUAUUAUUUAAUAAGAAUAACCAAUUACAAAUUCUUUUAGAAUAAAAAACAUGCCAAAUCUAUGCUUAACUUGAAAUUAUUUAAUAUACUCUCACCAAAGGAAAUAUUAAUUAAUAAUGAGGAAAUUUUGAUUAUAACAAAGGAUUGGUCACAAUAUCGUUUGACUGAAUAAAUUUUACAUAAAUAAAAUCCAAAAGUUAUUCGUAACAUAAUACUAUAAUUGGCUCUAAGUAAUAAAUUAUCUAUAACUUAGCCUUAAAUGAAUUAAGUUUAAAAAACAUUACGUGGAAUCUUUACUCAAUAUAAUAAUUAUAUUUGAUACAAGAGUGUACUUUUUUAUAGCUUGUAGAUCUAGAUGAUAAUCACUUUUCGAUGAAUAUUACAAAUCUUGAAAUAUUUAAAAAUUUCGCAUCUAGAUAUUUUCAAUAAUACCAAUAAAUCAUAUAAUUAGAUAAUUUUGAAAAAAUUAUUAAAUCUUUAUUAUCCUAAGAUUAAGGAUAUCAAAUAAAUUAAUAAAAUCACUUUGUAUUACUUAAUUUCUUUUAAGUUCCAUAAAUAAAAUAUGGAUUAGAGGAUGUUUAUACAAUUGAAUUUGAAACACCAAAAGUUUUUGAAAUUGUUUAUGGAAUUAAAGCAAAAUCUGUAUAAUACAAAUGCUUUGAUCAAUUUAGAUUCCCUAAAUAAUUAUUAUUAGAGUAUUAAAAUAGAUAAAUUGAGAUUUCAGAAGAAAUGUCUGAUUGCUCAAAUAUUGUUAAAUGUUUAUCUUAUUUAAAAAUCUUUGAUUAAGUGUUUUUUUUUGAGUAACGAUUAACAAUGAACAUUUCAAUGGCUUCAUAACUACUUAAUAAAUAAAAAAUCGAUAAUAUAAAAUAUCAAAGGAUAGCUUAUAAUGCUAUAAAACAAAUUAUGAAUGGUAAACUAUAAAUUAUAUAUAUUCAAGGAAUUUCCGAAUUUCACUCAAAAGGUUUUAUGCACAGAAACAUCUCUCCAUAAACUAUAUAUUUAGAUAAUGAAGAUUUAGAAAAAGCAAACUUUUAUAUUGGAGAUUGUGAAAAAGCUAAAUUUGAUGAUUAAGGUUGUCUAGGAACUUAAUAAUGUGAUAUAUAUUCAUAUCUUCCUCCAGAAAGCAUGGAAGAAUUCACAAUGAAAUCUGAUCUUUAUUCAUUUGGAUUAGUUUCUUUACUAAUAUUAAAUAGAGGAAUUCCUUUAUUUUAAUUUGGCUUUUUAGAUGAGACUGAAAAAAAGAAAUAUUUUAGCUAGGAUUAUAUCUCUUAAAAACUUUUAGAGAAUAAUUUAAACUAUAAACCUGAUCUAAUUCAAUUAAUUUCAUAGUGUCUAUCCGAAAAGCAAGAAGAUCGUCCUGAUACUUUAAAAGUUUCCAAAAAAAUAUCAGCAAUAUUUAGGAAUGAAAAAAUCAAAAUUAUGUAUAUAUAUAUUUUAUUAUUUUAGGUAAUCUGCAGACUUUUCAUCGAAAUGA